CCCUCCUCGUACGUCCAAAUAUAACAAAAACAGGGAGAAAAAGAUAGAGAGAGAGAGAGAGAGAGAGGGAGAGGGGGAGAAGAGUUUUUGAGGCAGAAAACUUUGUCUAGAGAGAGAAGAGUUUGUCUACAAUCCUCGCAAUCCGCCAUGCGCAGGGCCGUGUCGAGGAGGAUGAUCGCGCAGGCGGCCGAGGCGGCGAUUCCAUGCGAAAGCGCCGCUGCCGCUGCAGCAGCGGCGAACGUUCCCAAAAUGCCCCCGUUUGAUCACCGUCCCCUUCCCUAUGAAGGCCCCGCCGCCGCCGAGAUCCUGCGAAAGCGUGCCGAGUUUCUCAGCCCCUCCCUGUUCCAUUUCUACAAGAACCCGCUAAACAUAGUGGAAGGAAAGAUGCAAUACUUAUACGACGAGAACGGGCGCCGUUACCUCGACGCUUUCGCGGGCAUUGCCACGGUUUGCUGCGGGCACUGCCACCCCGAAGUGAUCGAGGCCAUAACAGACCAAACGAAACGGCUUCAGCAUUCGACGGUCGUGUAUCUCAACCAUGUCAUCACAGAUUUCGCCGAGGCUCUAGCUUCUAAAAUGCCUGGCAAUCUCAAGGUAGUUUUCUUCACGAAUUCCGGUACGGAAGCGAACGAACUCGCGAUGAUGAUCGCGCGGCUGUACACGGGUUGCCACGACGUUAUAUCGCUUCGGAAUUCGUACCACGGGAAUGCGGCGGGCACGAUGGGCGCGACUGCUCAGAGUAACUGGAAAUUCAACAUCAUACAGAGUGGAGUACACCAUGCGCAAAAUCCAGACCCAUAUAGAGGCAUCUUCGGUUCCGACGGAGAAAAAUACGCUAGAGACGUCGAGGAAAUAAUCGACUUCGGGACUUCGGGACAUGUCGCGGGGUUCAUUUCCGAAGCCAUACAGGGUGUAGGGGGGAUAGUCGAAUUGGCGCCCGGUUACCUCCCUGCGGUUUACAAAAGCAUUCGGAAAGCCGGAGGGCUUUGCAUCGCCGACGAGGUGCAGUCGGGAUUUGCGCGGCCCGGAAGCCACUUCUGGGGGUUUGAGGCUCACGGCGUCGUCCCCGACAUUGUUACGAUGGCAAAGGGUAUUGGAAAUGGAAUCCCCCUCGGAGCCGUCGUCACGACUCGCGAAAUCGCGAACGUGUUGACUCGACGCAGCUAUUUCAAUACGUUCGGCGGUAACCCCGUGUGCACAGCCGCGGGGCUCGCGGUUCUCAGAGUGCUCGAGAGAGAAAAGCUCCAGGAGAACGCGUUUGUCGUCGGGAAUUACCUGAAGAACCGUUUGAAACAUCUUCAGGAAAAGCACAGCAUCAUCGGCGACGUGAGAGGGAGGGGAUUGAUGCUCGGAGUCGAGCUAGUCACCGAUCGCGAGCUGAAAACGCCAGCGAAGACCGAAAUCCUGCAUGUCAUGGAACAAAUGAAAGAAAUGGGUGUGUUGGUUGGUAAGGGUGGAUACUAUGGAAAUGUUUUCAGAAUAACUCCCCCCCUCUGCUUCACUAAGGAAGAUUCAGAUUUCUUCGUCGACGUGAUGGACACUGCAUUAGCCAAGCUUUGAUCGGCCCGCGGAGCGGAAAAGAAAGAAAGAAAAAGUAGAGCAUAAGGGUUGAUCAUUGUAAAGUGCUAUUAAAUGGAUACUUAUGAAUGGAAAUGCAGUUCCUCUUCAUUCUCUAAAU